GACCAUCAAAUGAAAUUGAUUUGGAAUUUUGCGCGAAACGUACUUCUCUCAGAUUGAGGGAACUACGACAGUGCCGCAAGGCUCCUGGUGCCAUUGCAAACAUCUGAAACAAUGCAGUGGCACUAAGUUCCAAACUUAUUCUACACGCCGAUGUAACCUCUAUAGCCUGUCACACUAAUUAAAAGUUGAGAACAACUUUAUUUCACAGCACAGCAAUCACCCGCGACAUGUGUUGGAGACGGCGGUCCUGGAUGUUGCUAAUGGUGUUCAUUACGCUGGCCGACACCAAUACGACAGUGUCUUACAAACGCGGUUACUCGCUGCCGCACAAGAAUCUAUGCAAGCAAGUUGGGCUGCACCUGCGGUUGCUUAUCCUGGUGGCGUCGUCCGUCAAAAAUGCAGCACAACGCGAUGCCAUCCGGUACUCAUGGGGCCACUACGCGCGCAGCUCCCAUGUGGCGGUGGCCUUCGUACUGGGUGCGCCAGCCUCUCAUAUGCUGAGUGUACUGGCUGUCGAGGAUGCACGCUACGGCGACCUGAUCAUUGGAAAUUCAGACCAAUUGUCCCCGCUCUUCAAGAUGGCAUCGAUGAUCGAUUGGACGCAUACAUAUUGUUUAAAUUCGCCGCGUCUAUUCACAAUGAACGACAGAGUGUUUAUCAACGUUAACAAUCUGCUGAGGUUAGUCGAGGCGCCUGAAUAUGCGGACGCAAAGCUGACUGUGUGGGGUGACUUCACCAUCAGCAACGACAUCAGGGGCUCUGAUGUGUACCUGUUUUCCAACGACACGAUCGUCAGGCUGGUGUCGACAACCGCGAAUAUCACUUCAAAUGACAAAGUACUCCUAUCAUCGGACACAGCUCGCGAUGUCAAACGAUACAAUGUGCCCUACUUUAUCAACACCUUACAACAGUCUUGUAACAUUACACUACACGUCGCUUGUCGCAUUUUUUUCCACUAUCAGCAAUACGAACUGUGGCAGAGUACAUUUGAGCCCCGGAAUGUUACACGAAACGUUAUAAACGUUAGGAAAACUGGGUCAAAUAUCGUCAAAUCUAGCGGAUCUUUACGUCGUAUGAAACCAGUUAUAAAUACAGACUUUAUUAUUAUAUCACUUUUCUUUCUAUUACUAUGUAUCUUUUGAACUUUUUACUUUUAAAUACAG